AUGUUUGCCAUCUCGAAAAGACUAAUGAGCAGCGAUGUGCGGUCGCAGAUACUGCUAAACAGUUUAAAUGGAGACAUGCCAGGCGCACUGGCCCUGCUGCGUCAGCAGAAGCAGACCAGCAUGGAUGUGGAACUGCUGCACACGAUGCUGGCGCGGGCGGCUGCGCUUGCGCAUGCCAACACCAUAGCAUACAUAUGGUAUCAGCAUGUGAUGCCACGCCGACUAGCAGUAGAAGGUCGCCUGCUAUGUGACAUGGCUGGCGUGGCAUUACAUCAGGAUAAACUGUUCUUGCCCGCCCAGUUCCUGCAGCACUACCAGACGAUGACCCACCAUCGUUGCACCAACCCAGAAAGCCAAAUGAUCGAGUUUGAACUUAGACGGGUCAAAGUGGAGGCGUUUGCGCGUGGUACUAUGCACUCCACUGCCCUGAGAGAGAAGUGGAAGGUAUUUCUGCAAGAGAUGGAUACGCUACCGGGGCGGCCUCCAUUGAGACUGCGGGACUUCCCGCAGUUGGUCACGUCCAUGGGUAUAGCCACUGGGGAGCGGGAAGAACAGGCAGCAGCUUUAGAGCUGUUCGAACGCCAACGGCUAGUUGUAAAGAACGAAUGGUCACUACCGCUAUUGCUGGCGGGCAUUCUGUGGCAUGUUCCUGGCCCAGCACAAGCACGACGCGUUCUAGCGGAGUUCAUUCAAUGCUAUCGCGGGCUGCCGCUGGUGGAUGCCGAGCAGGUGAUAAAGAGAAGAGGAUUUGAGAUUACUACGUGA